AUGAGGGCGUCUUUAACCCGCCCCAUAUUAACGACUCAAAAGGUUCCCGAGUCAGCAAGAGCUAGCACUUCACAGCAACUAACUCCUGCGCAGUUAUCAUAUAAUCCAUCACCAGAGGAUUUGACUUUAAUUUCGACCAUUAAAAAUCAAUUUGAAGGCAUUGUAGCAAAAUCAAUGAAAGUAAUCGAAGAAAACGAAACAAUAUAUGGAAUUCAGACAACUUAUCAAGAUGUUGUUAAACAGACUUUAAAUUCGUAUCAAAUCUUCUAUAACGCAGCAAAUACUUACUUUCAAAAGCAUCAAACUCUUCGUUUAACAGCUGUUACAAACCAAGUUAUUAGCUCAGCUUCGUGUAGAAUUCCAUCACAAAAUUUUGGAAAAGAUUGGAAAACAUUUUCAAAACAAAUAGAUCUGCUUGCUGAUUCCCACCCUCCACCGCACAUCUCUGAGAUACAAAUUCGCUUUCAAAGUAUUAUAUCUGCGAUCGAAAUCAUCAAUACAAGUAAUUCACGUAGAAGGUACCCAAGUCUUACUCUUAAUGGAUGUGUUGGUAGUAUUUUAAACUUAAAUUCAUCCCUUAAACAGAAAAUAACGGAUUUAUUUUUACAGCCAAUUUUCCCUAAAUUUGAAGGAAAUGUAUUAAAAUCCUAUAUUGAUGAGAUGCUAACAUAUAAGCAAGUGCUAACAGACGCGUUUUCUAAUGAAUUUGUGCAAAGUGGUAUUAUGCCUUGUGAUCUCUCAAGAAUUCGAGGUAAUAUAUUCAAUGAUGUUGAUGAUAUUGUCAAUUUGAUCAAAAGUUCAUUUGUAUUCCCUGAUGAAAUGAAAGAAAUUCAAUCUGAAAAAAAUAAUCUCGAUAAAAAUUUGAUAUCUGUAUUUCAAAAGCUUUCAAUACCAUUUGCAGUUGUUAAGCCAUUGAAUCCUUUAGUUCCUACAAAGAAGCCUGCAGAAGAAACAGAAGAAGAAAAAGAUAAAAAACCUGUUCAAGUUUCUGAAGAAGCUGAGUUGCUUCAAUUCAUUAUUAAUCAAAUAGGUGAUAUAACAGGAAAUGCUUUCAGUGAAACAAAGCGUGAUGCUGUAAAUGAAAUUAUUUCAUAUUAUUUGAACCAAGAAACAAUAUUAGCUGGUAAAAUAACAGAAACGACUAAUCUCAAGAAUAUGUAUGAUACACAAAAACAUCAGUCAGAAGAAGAAAUUGAAAUGUUAAAACAAAAAUUAGAAGUUUUAACAAAUCACUAUGAGGAAAUGAAGAAAGAGUUGGCAACUACAACAUCAAAAUUCCAGCAAUAUGAGAAGAAGGUAACAGAAAACGCAGACACAAUGACAAAUUUGCAAAAUCAAAUUGAAAAUUUGACAAAACUUGGAAAUCCUUUAUACUUGAGAAAACAUAUCAGGAGAAUACUAGAGUUGGAAAACGAUCAAUCAGCUGAUGAUGAAUUAAUUGAAAAACUUAAAGAAUUAAUUCAUCAAAUUAAAACGAAAAAAUGCGAUAAAUGUGAAGUCAAAGAUGCAAAAAUAUCAAAUAUUGAAGAUAAACUCCAUGAAGCUACAGGAAAUGCUACAAUUUCACCAAUUGACGCAAUCGAAUAUUUGAAAAAUAAAAUUUCUUCACUAAACUCUGAAAUUGAAGCAUUAAAACAAAGCGAAACAGAACUGCAUAAUGAUCUCUAUGGAAUUGCUGUUAAUGAAUGCCAAACUCCAAGAAUUAAUGAGCAAAAAAUUAAUUCUAUGACAGUUCCUCAAGUUUAUGAACAUAUUAUGCACAGAGUUAAGAUAUUAAAGAGGAAUUCUGUGUCUGCUGAAGAAAUGGCCCAAAGAAUGUUCCAAGAAUUUUACGAAAAACUUAAUUCGGUCAUAAAAAAUUUUAAUGAAAUCACAAAUGAUGAAAUAACUAUUCCUCCAAUUGGACAGACUGAUGAAGAGAAAGAGGCAUCAAUUGCAAAGCUCAUUGAUAUUUUAAAGUCAUUGAAAAUCUCAAUAGACAAGAAAAUUGAACUUCAUUUACAAAAACAAGAUGAAUUGAACAAAGAAAUACAAAGAUUAGAAUUAGAAUUGGGAACAAUCGGCAGCAAAAUGUUGAACGCUUUGAACAUCAAGACUGAUCUAGCUAAUAACAAAGAACUUGUUAAUGUUGCUUUCAAAGCAUUAAGUGAUAUUCAAUCUCCUUAUUUAGAGAAAAUUGAUUCACUUGAAAAACGCGUAAAAGAAUUAUCAGAAGGAGUUUCUUCAAUUUACUCAAGAACAGUUUCUGUUUUCAAAGCAGAUCCUAAUGAGAAAUCUGUUGAUAUCCAAAUACAAACUAUGCACAGUAUAUUUAACACAUUAAAUGACAGGUUCUCAGAGAAAAGAGUUGUUAUAGAAAAUUCGGAAAAAAGAAUUGAAUUUUUGAGAUCUCAAAUUUCAUCAAUUGUCAUAAAAAUGUGCAAUGCUGUUGAUGGAGAUAUAACUCAGGAUCUUAAUGAGUUGAAUGACAAUGAACUUAUUGAUGAACUGUUUAGAUUCACACAGAUUAUGAUCUCGCCAACUUAUUCUGAUUCAUUUCUUUCUUCCGACCAAUUAAUGAAAACCCUUUCAUCUGUUACUAAAUAUUUCACUGAAGAAAACGCAGGAAAUCCUCUUGAAUUCAUCAAACUUAUUGUCAAACGCUUCUCUGAUCAGGAGAAGGCAAUUAGUCUUGUUUCAAACUUAGAUCCGAUUGUAGAAUCAAUGCUUAGGAAAGUUUCCGAGCUUGAAAAGUAUGAAAAACUAUCUGACGCAUUCCUCGACACAAGAAAUCGAUUAAAUAGAUUUAGAAUGAAAGUUGAAAAGAUUUCUCAAGUAACAAACCUUCCAGGGUUAUUGCAAGUUAUUAGGUCAUUAGCGCUGUUAACAGAUAUGAUUAUUUUAGCGAAUUUGUCUGAAUAG